AUGGCAAGAAUCAUACUCAGUAGUUUCGACAUUAAGAGAAUAGCAGAGACAAUAUUGAAGUCUGAAGAACAAACCAAACUCAUAUUAAGCAGUCCAAUACAUUUAGCAAACGCAAAGUUAGAUCAAUUGAAACCGAUUCUACGAUAUUUAAGAGAUCAUAAAGAAGCAUCGUUCUUGUCGAUUAGCGGCAACAAGAACGAUAUUAUAAAGAGGAUAUCUGGUGUAUUGUUUGACGACGAAGGAGGAGGAGGAGGAGGAUUAGAUACUAGCGUACCACAUACUCGACCAUCACAAACCAUGCUUAUUCAACAACAACGUGCAGCACUUCAAAAUUCAUAUAAUUCAAAUACAACUACAACUAGCUCUACUACAACAUCUACUUCAUCAGUACCUUCAUCUUUAAUGUCAGUUAUACCACCUGGUACUUAUAAACCAGCAGCUGCAGGAGGAGGAGGAGGAGGAUUGACAAUGGGAUCAAUGGCAAAUACAAACAACAGAUAUUCACCAUACCCAUCAACACCUUCUUCUAUAGCUGCAACACAACAACAACAACAACACCAACAACACCAAUUACAAGAAUUAAUGAGAUCACAACAAACUUUGAAUCAAACACAUACACAAAUGUCAAGAGUAUUUACGACGCCACCAACCAUUAUUACACCACCGAUUCAAUACGCGAAAAAGAGUCAAGGUAUGGUGACGCCACCACCACCCGCUCUAACAAACAGUGUAGACUGGGCAAACUUUUCAAGACAUCAAUCACCAUACUUUGAACAGGUACAAAUACUCAAUACAUCCAUGUUUAAAUCGGGAUCCCUUUCAACUGUCAACUUUGAUAUUGACCAAAGCAUUCUCGACGUCAUCCAUCUCAAACAACUCCCACUUCACGAACAACGUGCCAUUCAUAUCCGUUUGGUUUCAAGAACUCAAGAUAUCAUCUAUCAACAAGAAAUGUAUCUUGCAAUCAAUGGUAAAAGUAUUCCUCUUUUUCAUAAGAAAAUAAGAUAUAAAGGAUAUAAUCAACCAUUUAUUAUUCAAAAACCAGUUGAUAUUACGCAACAUUUAAAGACGAGAAAGAACAAAAUUACAUUCAACAUUAAUUUCGAACAUACUGGUGUCAUUGGAUACAUGGUUAUUCAACUGGUGAAACCAGUGGCACCAGAGACGAUUGUAGCGGAUAUUAUGAAACGUGAACGAUAUUGUAAUCCGGCAAAGUCACAAAACAACGAUGACAUUGAAGAGCUGUCCUAUGAUAUUUCGUUUAAAUGUCCGCUCUCCUUUAUGAGAAUCAACCAGCCUGGCAAGACAGUCAACUGCAACCACAUUCAAUGCUUUGAAAUCAAGUUAUUUUUAGACUAUGCGACACAACAACAACUUUGGAAUUGUCCAGUGUGCCAUGUCCCCGCCUACCCCUCACUCAUCAUUCAUGACACUUAUUUUUCAAAACUCCUCAAAGAGGCUCCACACGAUUGUUCCAACCUAACAAUCAAUCCCGACGGAUCAUAUCAACUUCCAAUUAGUCAAGUUAAAAAAGAAAAAUCUUUUGAUAGUAGUAGUAAUCAUAAUAAUAAUCAUAAUAGUAAUAAUCAUAAUCAUAAUAGUAAUAAUAGUAAUAAUAAUAGUUUAUCAAAAUCUUCUUCAUCCUUUUCAGUUGAUGGUAUUGAUCUUUCAAGUCCAAUUCAAAAUAAUCAUAAUAAUCAAAAUAAUCAUAAUAAUAAUACUAAUAGUUUAUCAACUUCAACUUCAACAACAACAACCAGUACGAAUAAUAAUAAUAAUAGUAGUAGUGUAGAUGUAUUUGAUGUAGAUGCAAUGUUAUCACCAACACCACCUUUGCAAAGUGGACUUUCAAGUGACAGCUCUUUUGAUUUUGAAUUUGAUCGAGGUGGAGAAGAUGAUGAUCACGACGACCAUGAUGAUGGAGAAUACGAGGAUGAAGAAGAAGAAGACGAUGAUGAUGGAGAAAGUGAAUUUUAUAAUAAUUAUACUCAUCAUCAUCAUCAAAAUAACAAUGUAAAUAAUAAUAAUAAUAAUCAUAAUAAUAAUAAUAAUAAUCAUAAUGGAAAUCAUAAUCAUCAUACAAAUCAUACAAAUCAUAAUAAUAAUAAUGGAAAUAAUAAUAAUAAUAAUCAUAUAUUAAAUCGGGACCAUGGUAAUGCAAGUGAUGAUUGUAUUAUAGAUAAAAAAUGUUGUCUUUGCAAAGUGUUGUCUGCUUGA